AUACUGUGCGGCUCUUCCAAUGGUGUCGUCAAAGUAUACUACGACCCGAACCGGUCGGACAGAGGCGCCAAACUUUGUGUCGUUAAACAUAAACGCAAAUAUAGAGAGAGCUAUGAAAAUAUUGAACAACAGAUCAUUGCGCCACACGCUCUGCCGCUCUUCAAGACUGACCGCAAAAAGUCACACCGACUACAGAUGCUUAAGGCUCGCAAAGAUCCGGUCAAAUCUCGGCGCCCAGAGCUGCCGGUGAACGGUCCCGGAGCCGGCGGUCGUAUAGCUUCUGCCGGCAAUACUUUCGCCUCAUUUAUAGCCAAACAAAUUGGUAUUAAGAAUAAGAUCGACGACAGCAUUGAUCCGCGAGAAGCCAUUCUCAGACACGCCAAAGAAGCGGCUGAGAACCCGUAUUGGGUGUCACCGGCCUAUACGGCCACUCAGCCUAAGCCCGUGUUCGCCGCCGAAACCAAGGAU